UCAGUAAUUCGGUAGUUGAACUUUGAUAUAACCUAACAACUUCAGAACAUAAACAUUAAACAAUUGUCAGGUUAUGUUAUUGUUGUUUUUGAAUUUGAAUUUUUUAGUGUUCAUAAAUGGAGUUUGGUUGCAGUUGAGCAGGAUUUUCAUAUAAACAUGCAACUUAAAGGAUAAUACCAAUUUUAAUUCGUAUUUUGACAGUUUUGUUUGAAAGAGAAUAGGAACAACUUGGAAUUUUGUGUUUUGUAGUUUAUACAAUGACUCUCCAGAUUGAAGGAACAAAUGAUUCUAGUUGCUUGUCAAAGCUUUCAGCAGUGUCAACAGGAUAUUUUAAUGAUGAGUUUCUAUGUCAUUUUGUGCAAAAAUGUCCACGCCGAGCUCCUUUGAUACAUCUGGGAUAUUCAGUGCGAGCAGCAAUCGUCAAUGCUUUAGUGGACAAAUUUGUGUCUCAGUGUACAAGUCUAAAACAGAUUGUAUCCUUAGGUGCUGGUUUUGACACGUUAUAUUUCAAACUUAGAAAGAAAAAUCCAAACAUCAAUAUUGUCUAUUUUGAAUUGGAUCUUCCUCGAGUAGUAAAAAAAAAGAUUCUGUGUAUUCAACAGUCCAAAGUGCUAAGCGAUCAUGUUGAGGAGUUUGUUGAAUCUGAUGAUGGUUUGGUCAGUAAGCAGUAUAGACUACUCGCUACGGAUUUAAGAGAUACUGAGGCUGUGAGAAAGCUACUGUAUAAACAUGAUUUGGAUUGGAAUUUACCUACGCUAUUUUUAUCAGAAUGUGCAAUAACGUAUUUGGAAGAAGAAAGGUCAACAAGACUGAUCAAGCUUGCAAGUGAGUUUGAAAACGCAACAUUUGUCACAUACGAGCAGAUCCAUCCUGAUGAUGGAUUUGGCCUGGUGAUGGUUCGACACUUCGCUGCUCUCCAGAGUCCACUGAUGUCAGUGAGGCUCCAUCCCUCCUUGGACCACCAAAAGCAACGGUACAUCGACCAAAAUUGGAAACACUGCUCAAGCACUUCAGCCUUGGAGGCUUACAAGGAUUUAGUGCCGGAAGCAGAGCGUUAUCGUGUGUUGUGCUUAGAACCUUUUGACGAGUGGGAGGAAUUUCACCUGAAAUGUGUACACUACGCAGUCACCAUUGCUUCCCAAGGCUCUCUCUCCAACUGGUCACCACUGUGUCAAAAAUACAACAUUCCAAAAGACUUGCCACAGAAACCAGAACUAAGAUGGGAAUUGGUUGAGGCAGAAAACACAUCACGUUACGGACACUGUACUGUGUUGCUGAAAGAUCAUUUGAUGCUUGUUGGUGGAUUUGGAGUAAGAAGAAAAGGGGGUCAUGGAAGAAUGCAAGAUAUUGUGUGGCUCAAGUGGAAUGGAUCUAAGUGGGAAGUGACUCAUCAAGUUGAAUCGUCUGAAGUUGCAUCAAUGUAUUCCACAUGGACGCCAAUGUCUGAAUGUAGUUACAUAGUCUAUGGAGGACGAAAGUCCCCCACACUUGGCGUUAAUGAGUGCCCGAAGAUAGUCACCGUGCAGUCAGAUUGGAAGAUGAAUUUUGAACCAGUCGUGGAGAAGUGUGACAGAACAGCCAGAUGGCGGCACUCUUCAGUCGUCGCGAAGAAAGGGAAUGUUGAGACGUUUGUUGUAUUUGGAGGGAGGACUUGUAAUCUAGAGAUUCUAGGUGACACUUGGAUGGUUCAACUUCACUCGGAUGUGAAGGAAAGGAGAGUAUCAAUCCUACCAACUGAGCAAGAACAACCAUGUGCCAGGUUUUCACACAGUGCUGCAGUCCUCAGUAAGGGUUCAGGGUCUGACGAGAUGUGGAUAUCUGGAGGGCUGGGAGCCAAGGGUCCUCUGGGAGACGUCUGGUGCCUGGACCUGACUACAGAACAGUGGAAGCAGCUGGCUCCAGCCGGCACCGGUAUUACACCAAGGUUUGGACACUCGUCGUCUAUCGUCAGUCAUUCUCUUGUCAUGGUAGGGGGAGUCAACCACCAGGACAGUUGUCAACCAGGAGUUGCGGUUCUCAAUCUGCAGACAGGUUGCUGUGUGGAGUAUCAGCUGCCGGGAAUGAGUCCAGGCAAGUCCAUGCUUCUGAUAAACCACAGUCAUAUUUUAUCUUCAAACAAGAAAGAUAUUUGGAUCAUUGGUGGCGGUGGAAACUGUUUCUCUUUUGGCACUUUCUUCAACUCGCACAGUGCUCUCAUAAAACUAGAAGACUUGUGUUAAAGGUAAUAAAGUAAAUAUUGGCAGAAA